GGCCCAGAUGAAUCGAUUUGAAGUUAUGGGCGGGAGCUGAAGAAAGGAGUCAGCCGGGAGGUUUGUCUCCACGACUUCCUGCCUCUUCGCAGCUUCGCAACUCUUUUCAGUUCAUCACUUUUGGUGGCUGCUGCUACGUAGCAGUGUUAAAUGAAGGAGGCGGUGCGUUUUCCAGCCCUCUGGCCUCCCUGCCCCUCUCCCCAAGGGAAGCCAGGACUAGGGUCAAGUGGAAGUAAGUGCGCUGCCUCCAUGCCCCGUUCCUGCUCCACCUCGAGGACACUGGAAGUAUCUUUCGCAGCGAACUGCUGCUUCAGUGAGACUUGGAGGGAGCCAGUUGCUCGGUUAUCACACGUAUAUAUAGGAGCCCCAGGAAGAAGAAGCCAUGGCUGCAGUGAUACUGGAGAGCAUCUUUCUGAAGCGAUCCCAGCAAAAAAAGAAAACAUCACCUUUAAACUUCAAGAAGCGUCUCUUUCUCUUGACAGUGCACAAACUUUCCUACUACGAAUAUGAUUUUGACCGUGGGAGAAGAGGCAGUAAGAAGGGUUCAAUAGAUGUUGAGAAGAUCACCUGCGUUGAAACAGUGGUUCCUGAAAAAAAUCCUCCCCCUGAAAGACAGAUUCCGAGGAGGGGUGAGGAGUCCAGUGAAAUGGAGCAGAUUUCAAUCAUUGAAAGGUUUCCUUACCCCUUCCAGGUUGUAUAUGAUGAAGGGCCUCUCUAUGUCUUCUCCCCAACUGAAGAACUCAGAAAGCGUUGGAUCCACCAGCUCAAAAAUGUCAUCCGAUAUAACAGUGAUCUGGUACAGAAAUAUCACCCUUGCUUCUGGAUUGAUGGGCAGUAUCUCUGCUGUUCUCAGACAGCCAAAAAUGCCAUGGGCUGCCAAAUUUUGGAGAACAGGAAUGGAAGCUUAAAACCUGGGAGUUCUCACCGAAAGACGAAAAAGCCUCUUCCCCCAACACCUGAAGAGGAUCAGAUCUUGAAAAAGCCACUGCCCCCUGAGCCAACAGCAGCACCCGUCUCCAUGAACGAGCUGAAGAAGGUUGUAGCCCUUUAUGAUUACAUGCCAAUGAAUGCUAAUGAUCUCCAGCUGCGGAAGGGUGACGAGUAUUUUAUCUUGGAGGAGAGCAACUUACCGUGGUGGCGAGCACGAGAUAAAAACGGGCAGGAAGGCUAUGUCCCUAGUAACUAUGUCACUGAAGCAGAAGACUCCAUAGAAAUGUAUGAGUGGUAUUCCAAGCACAUGACUCGAAGUCAAGCUGAGGAACUGUUAAAGCAAGAGGGGAAAGAAGGAGGUUUCAUUGUCAGAGACUCCAGCAAAGCUGGGAAAUAUACUGUGUCUGUGUUUGCUAAAUCUACAGGGGAACCUCAAGGGGUGAUACGCCAUUAUGUUGUGUGUUCCACACCUCAGAGCCAGUAUUACCUGGCUGAGAAGCACCUUUUCAGUACCAUCCCUGAGCUCAUUAACUACCAUCAACAUAACUCUGCAGGACUCAUAUCCCGGCUCAAAUAUCCAGUGUCUCAACAAAACAAGAAUGCACCUUCCACUGCAGGCCUGGGCUAUGGAUCAUGGGAAAUUGAUCCAAAGGAUCUGACCUUCUUGAAGGAGCUGGGGACCGGACAAUUUGGAGUAGUGAAGUAUGGGAAAUGGAGAGGCCAGUACGAUGUGGCCAUAAAGAUGAUCAAAGAAGGCUCCAUGUCUGAGGAUGAGUUCAUUGAAGAAGCCAAAGUCAUGAUGAAUCUUUCUCAUGAGAAGCUGGUGCAGUUAUAUGGUGUCUGCACCAAACAGCGGCCCAUCUUCAUCAUCACUGAGUACAUGGCCAAUGGCUGCCUCCUAAAUUACCUGAGGGAGAUGCGGCACUGCUUCCAGACUCAGCAGCUGCUGGAGAUGUGCAAGGAUGUCUGUGAGGCCAUGGAAUACCUGGAGUCAAAGCAGUUCCUUCACCGAGACCUGGCGGCUCGAAACUGUUUGGUAAAUGAUCAAGGAGUUGUGAAAGUCUCUGACUUUGGCCUGUCCAGGUAUGUCUUGGAUGACGAAUACACAAGCUCAGUGGGCUCCAAGUUUCCAGUCCGGUGGUCCCCGCCGGAAGUCCUGAUGUAUAGCAAGUUCAGCAGCAAAUCUGACAUUUGGGCUUUUGGGGUUUUGAUGUGGGAAAUUUACUCUCUGGGGAAGAUGCCAUAUGAGAGAUUUACUAACAGUGAAACUGCUGAGCACAUUGCCCAAGGCCUCCGACUCUACAGGCCUCACCUAGCUUCAGAGAGGGUUUAUACCAUCAUGUACAGCUGCUGGCAUGAGAAAGCAGAUGAACGUCCCACUUUCAAAUUUCUUCUGAGCAGCAUUCUAGAUGUCAUGGACGAAGAAUCUUGAACUCACCUUAAGCUUGUUUGUUCUCCUCUACUCUCCAAGCCUCUCGUCACUUUUUCUGAGGAAAUCCCAGACUUAAGUCCUGGAGAUGUGCUCUUGCUGAAUACACAAAGACCCCCCUCUACAUGUAGGAAUCCUCUCUUCUUUGAUUCCCUGGGGUAGCGCCUUCCAGCAAAGGCCAAGGAAUUGUACCAGUUAUUGUUCCCCAAAGAGGAAUUGUUCCCCAUGCGUAUUAAGAGACUAAAUUCGAGAUGGAAACAUUUUGGGGCAGGGAGCGAUGUAAAUAGCCUUACAAGGGUUAUGACAGCUCUUUGGGUAGACAGUAGAGCUUGGGGGGAGGGAGGUCAAAUUUGGCAAGAAUAAACGGUGUCAUGAAAAUGGGAGGGUAUUUUGAUAAAAUAAAAUUACUGGAACGUAUGAAGGUUUCUUGG